AUGCUCAGGAAAUGGCAGUGUGAAAAAUGUUCGAAGCACUUUUCCUCAAGUUCUUCGCUCUCUCGCCACUGCAAGAGGUGCCUGAUUGAUGCACCAAGGCCUACAAGACGAAAGGCGUGUGAAGAGUGCUGUACCUCGAAAUCGAGAUGUGAUGAGCGCCGGCCCGCUUGUGGACGAUGCAAGCUCAAGGGAAUACACUGUCACUACGUUGUUCCUGCUCGCGCUUCUGGCGACAGUGACGGCUCUCCUGUACCAGAUCUCGUCGGCGCGAAUUCUCUGAUGACUCCGCCAGUAGACUUUGCACCAUUCCUGGAUUACUCCCUCACUGGGACUCCUGGGUCGACGGGCCAUGUAACGGUUGACACUCACCCCAUGGUCAGACACGUCAUGAGAUUCAUAAUCAGGGUGUUCAUGAGUUAUCCUAGAAUGUUCGCGCGCGGCCAACCCCCUCCGUUCAUCCAUCAUACCCAACUGAAGGGUGAAGUCCCCGAAAGCCUGAGUCACAGCAUGGCGAUAUUGUCGGGCUUAGACAAUCCAGAAUUGGCUUCAAUACUUGAAACCUCCGCCAAGUAUGAGGCGUAUGCGUUGCUUGCAAAGUACGAAACAUACAAUGAAGUCGAGCUUCUAGCGGCCUUCCAAACGUACAUACUAUACAGCAUCUUUCUUCUAUUCCCGACGAAAGAACGGCAAACCCACACUCACCGUCAAGAUCAGAAUAUAAUGAUGGGUCUACAAGAUAUGUCUUUGGCACUCAUGAAGAGCGGUCUUUUACUCAAUGCCGAAACACAGUCCAUCGUACCAUCCUGGGAAGCAUGGAUAGCUGUUGCAUCCAAACGUCGUGCCAUCCAGGCUUCACACACGCUAAUGUGGGCCUGGUCACUGCAUCAUAAAUAUCCUCCGUUCGGUUGCCGGGAAGUUGCCUUUAUGCCAACCCCUUCACCCAAAUCUCUGUGGCAAGCAAGAGAUGACGAGGAAUGGAAGGGUCAUUAUAGCAGGUGGCUCGAAUACUGGCGUAAUGGUGGGCCACAUCGCCUGGAAGAGCUGAUGCUUAUCAAACCUGGAAUCGAAAUUGAUGAGAGAACUCAAAGGUGGCUCGGAGAGGCGGACGAAUUUGGCUUACUCUUAAUGUCCCAAGUGAACGCUAUCGACUGA